AUUUAGAGUUAAUGAGCCCCCCUCGCUGUCUGACAAGAGAAAGCAGGUAACUUGCAGGAGAAAGAAAGUCACCGUGAACCAUCGGUGUAAAAAAUAACUUUAAAAAAACACAAUGAGUGAUUCAGAAAAGCAACAAGAGGCUGAGAAGGAGUCCUUACCUCAAUGGCCUGAGAAUGGAGGAGAGUGGAGUGAUGGAGAAGAGGUGACCAACAUGGACUGUGGGCUUCUGCAGGCCAUGGCUGAGGAAGAUGAUGAGAUUAACGUCCACAACGAGGAGACGUUUGGAAUGGAUCACGAUGCCACAGACGACCCCAGCGUCGUCGUGCUUCAGUUUGAAGACCCUCUUCCUCCACCACCCACACCUCCACCAGAGCCCAAACCCUCAUCCCGCAGCAGCCCCCACUCCCCUCCCAAACAGAGGCCACAGUAUUUCCUCCGGGCUCCUCCAGUGCAGCGCGGCAGAGGCAGGGGUCUGAGAGGAGGGCUGGGCAGGGGGCAGAUGUUUGAAGACCCCGCUGUGAUGAGGACAGUGGAGGGGAGACCCAGCAUCAAGACACUCGACAGUGCCAUAUUGGACCUCGGGAAUACUUUGUCCCAGAAGACAUUUGAGGAUGAUUUUAUGUCACCCUCUUCCAGAAAGUCUAGAAGAAUGUCAGGCUCAAUACUUCAGGACAGUGCUAUCAUGUGUGUGAUUGAUGGUCACAGAGGCAGAGGGCAGCACCUGACCUCCAACUUCCGGGAUGUGCCGUGUCCCGCCUCUUACUACACGGGCAGGACCGGGGAACUUGGAGGAUCCUACCCCAGGACAACGUUUGACCAAAGGGGCCCCUCUCAGAUGCAUGCGUCCAUGGUAGUAGGAUCACCUAUCUUCUCACGUCAGCCGUUAACCCCACGGCAACAUUACAACCAGACGGGAGGUUUCAUGCACUGCCCCUCCACCCCUCGGUCUCUGCCUUCAAAGAUGAUGCAACUUCGCUUUGGUGUCAUCUCUCCAAGGCCGUCGGCCUUUUACAGCCCCUCGUCUAAUCCGGUGCAGCAUUUCAGAUACCCCGGUCCCGUCACCCAGCUCCACCCACAACAUAAACGACUUCUCAGUCAAAAACAACGCAUUUUCCAAAGAAAAACAGAGGACUGGGAUCCUUACUGUAAUCUCAUGACGGCCAAAGAGAAGGAGUGGAUCACCAGGCUGCAGAUGAUCCAGCUGCAGAGUGAGAAUCCAUACCAUGAGGACUACUACUACCAGGAGUACUAUCGGCGAAUCGAAGCUAAGAUGGCCGAGGAAGAGCUGGGCAUCAGGAGCAAGAGGGAGCCGCCAAAGCUCACCACACCGUAUAUUAUGAAAACUGAUGUUUACGCACCAGUGGUGCACAUUGAAGGCUCUUUGGGUCAAGUAGCAGUAUCGACUUGUUACUCUCCUCGCCGUGCCAUUAGCGCAGUCAAUGCAGUCCAUACUCUGGGCCCGCUCGAGGAACAGAAAGACAUCAAGCAACAGCGGUUAGAGGUCCUCAGUAAAAUAGAAAAGUUGUUCAUGGUUCUGUUGGAGGUGGAGGAGGCAGAGAGGAUGAAAACCCCCCUCAUGUCUGAAGCCGAAGAAAGGAGUGUUAUGGAGAAGUCACAGGGCAAAGUGGAGCACAUCUACUCCCAGCUGCAACAUCACAGCACCCUAGAUUCAGGAGUGGAGUUUCUUCCUUUCUUGCUGGUCUCAAAAGGCAAAAGGCUACUCGCCCGUCUGCUCCCGUUCCUGAAACAUGAUACUGCUCUGAAAAUCUUGAGCAUCGUGACCUCUAACCUACCUGCACUGAUGAGCAGAGAUCCAGAAGCGGCCCUUCCAGUGCUCUACCCUCCUCUUCGCAACGUGAUUGGGGGCCUGGCCUUCAGUCAGCUGAUCGGCGUCCUCAAAGAUCUGACGACAUACGAGUCUCUGGCGCUGGCAUGUCAGAACAAGUUUGGACUGUCCUUGCUGUACGCUCUGCUGUCCCAGGGAGAGAAGCUGCUGUCCUCAGGUGUUCCUCUAGAGCCCAGCAUCGGCGACUUUGAGACAUGGACGGACACAAUCUUCCAGGUGGCGGGACAGCUGUCCGAGUCCUCACUAGUGGAGCCGCUGCUCAUGCCUUCAAACCUGCUUACUCUCUUCUGCCGUUACCUGGACAAGCGCACUGUGCAUCAGCUGAAAAGCAACAUGGAGUCUGCUACUGGAUACCUGGCUCUUGCAUCUUAAGGUGGAUGUAGGCUAAAGAGACGUUCAGCUAAUGCCCAGGUUGUGAUGAACACUAGACUUAAGAGAAGCAAAACGCUGAAAAACUCCUCAGUGAUCAUUCACAAAAGAAUGUACAAAAUGUUUAUUUUUCUCCUCCCCCUUAUCGGUUCACAGUUUUGCACACCGUCUGUUUCCCUUUUUAUUUCCUUUAUCUGAUCGUUUUACUUUCCUCUCUUUGGUCUCCAGCAUUGCAAGUUAUUCUGAACUCGCAAACCUGAAUUUCCUUUUGUUUUAAUAACAAAUUGCUUGAGAUUUCCAUAUACUGAUUUGGUAACAUUAACUAGCAGAUUGAGCUGAUUUAUUUAUUUGUAUCUUAUCCUCGUUACAUUUAGGACUGAGAUAAAUGUGUUGAUCAGAUAUUGGUGACCAGGUUGAGGACUGUAUAGUAUUUAAGAUUGUACAGCUGAACCUAUUUGUUCGUUAUUAUAUUUAUAAUAAUAGCUAUGAAGGGAGUUGUCAUGGCAUAAUCCGUCAACAUAAGCAAUGCAAUUUUGAUUUUUGUUUUUUGUUUUUUGUAAAAAGGAAUGCAUUGUGUCCAGAUGUGUAGUGAUACAAAAUAUGAUGUAUUUGAUGUCAAUCUUAUGUAUUAUAUUAAUGUGGAAACGGUAAUAAUUUAUAUUGCACCCUUGUAGAGCACUUGCAACACAAAUAAAAAAAUAUAUCUU